AAUACCAGUCCAUCCUAAAAAAGGAAAGAAGCACAGGGAUAAAACGACCAACCAUGGAUUAACACGGAAGAUUUCCCUCUGUUUUUAACGAAAUUUAGCCACAUCGGCUUUUAAUAUCUGCUUUGUAUUUUUUUCUUUUAUAGAAGUAAAGGUGGGCUUGACGACGUGCAUCUGCUCCGACUUGGUCUCCAGGCAACUUUGACACCUACGUACGCAUCGAGAGCGCCUGGCCCCAUCUCAUUGGCUUACCUGCAGCUCUGGAGAGGGCGAGACUGAGAGUGAGCGAACAAGAGAGAAGCUUUGGACCCCACAGCUGACAGUUGUGUGUUUUUUGAGUGUGUGCGGGGAUUUUUUUUUUUUUUUUACCUUCUCCCUCCCCUUCCCCCCUUUCCCCCUACCCUCCUCCUCGCCAGCAGAUAGCUGUCCUUUUCCCUUUUUCUCUCACUCUCUCCCAUAUCACUGUCUACGGAGGAGGUGGGAGGCCGAGGCGAGGUGUCGGAGGGGGAGUAGGAGGUGCCGUCUCAGUCACAGCUCGCUCACGUCGCCGCCGCAGGAGGGCGUAUCCGGUGGGAGGAGGGGGGUGCGAGGAUUAAAACCCACCCAGCGAUGGGGCAGAAGGUUCCGGGAGGCAUCAAAGCGGUGGACAUGCGCGACCCGGCGCUGCGGCCCCUGAAGCUGGAGCUGCAGGCGCAGGACUACGCCAAGCCAUCGCGUCUGGACAUGCUGCUGGACAUGCCGUCGGCGCCGCAGGACACCCAGGUGCACCACAGCUGGAACAACGACGACCGCUCGCUCAACAUCUUCGUCAAGGAGGACAACAAGCUCAUCUUCCACCGGCACCCGGUGGCCCAGAGCACCGACGCCAUCCGCGGGCGGGUGGGCUACACGCGCGGCCUCCACGUCUGGGAGAUCCACUGGGCCAUGCGGCAGCGCGGCACGCACGCCGUGGUGGGGGUGGCCACCGGCGAGGCGCCCUUGCACUCGGUGGGCUACACGGCGCUGGUGGGCAACAACCAGGAGUCCUGGGGCUGGGACCUGGGCCGCAACAAGCUCUACCACGACGGCAAGAACCAGCCCAGCAAGACCUACCCGGCCUUCCUGGAGUCGGACGAGACCUUCCUGGUGCCCGACUCGUUUCUGGUGGUGCUGGAUAUGGACGAGGGCACGCUGAGCUUUAUGGUGGACGGACAGUAUCUGGGGGUGGCUUUCCGGGGACUGAAAGGCCGGAAGCUGUACCCCGUAGUCAGUGCGGUGUGGGGACACUGUGAAAUACGCAUGCGGUACAUCAACGGGCUUGAUCCUGAGCCUCUGCCCCUGAUGGACCUGUGUAGAAGAUCGGUUCGCGUGGCGCUGGGGAGAGAACGACUGAGCGAGAUUCACGGACUGCCUUUGCCAGCGUCUCUCAAGAACUACCUGCUCUACCAAUGAUGCUGGGAGUGCCUCUACCUCAGCACGUGACAUGGCAUAACUCUUCACACACUCUCCCAUGCGCUCGCUCUCUCAAGGAUUCUCUUUUUCCCCCCUUCCUCCCUUCAUGUCCUCUCUGGAUUUGGUACAAUGCUCCAUUUUCUUUUUUCUUUUCCAUUUUUUUUUGUUUUUGUUUUUGUUUUUUUAAACAAGAAAAAUCUGACCGAGGACUACUCUUGUCCAACAUUUCCAAGGUGUUUACAGUCCGUAUACUGAUGUCCUGACAUGAUUGACUCCACAUCAUGUUCUGGAAUCUUCUUUUGUUUUUGUUUUAAAGAUUAUUAUUUUUCAGUUUGUUUUGUGUUUUGUCAUGAAGACAGAACAGGAGUGUGUGGAACACUGCAGGCAUCAGGGCCAGACACCCACAGCAACAACAAAAAAUCAACAGCAUGGCCUCAGCCUUGGCCUCAUCCCUCCUGCCUCAUCAGUGCGUUUUGAAGUGCAAUGAGUUUUGGUGGCCCCCCGCCCUACCCCCAAACCCACCCUCCACCAUAUACAUGUACACACACCCAUCGCCACCCCACCCCUCCCCUCCCGCUUCAUCCAGCUCUCUCAUUUUUUACUCUGGUUCAGCUGGGCAGAAUGGGAAGUGAUGUCACGGUCAUGAUGUCAUGGUCAUGUGACGCGCCCAAAUGGUACUGGCAUGCCAGUGUGGCUAGUCAUUGGCAUGUUCGCUCGCUGCACCCAUGUGUCCGUGUUUUCUGAAGGGGAGCUCUGCAGGUGUAGCAGUGCCUGCUUGGCUUGCUGUUGAGUAUUGCUUUGGGUCACUACAGUACAUGCCAAGCUUUGUUGGCUUUAAAAACUCUCUCGUCUUAAAUUUUGAAUUAUAAGUCUAUGAGACUAUUUUAAGACUUUAGGAUUUAAUUGCGUUUUUAAACAUUUUAACCCCCUCCCACCCCCUCAUCUGAAAUCAUGAAGAUAUUGUGUGUGUGUGUGCAGUUGCGUGCGCACACACUGAAACACCAGGCACGCACACCCAAAGGCUCUUGUCAUUUUAAAGCAUUAAGUCCACCCCCACCCCUGUCCAGCCCAAGGCAGCCCCUUAGUUUCAGAGCAGCAGAGUGGCUAUUUCCUCCUAGACAAAACCACAGGAAGCUUCUGAAUCAGGCUGUUCCCCUUCUGACUGCCUCCCCCAUCAUGUUCUCUUCACCUACCCCCUCCUCCUCCUCUUCCUCCUCCUCCUCCUCCUCCUCACCCACAGCUGCACUCCCCCACUACACUACUCCCCAUGUUCAGGUUCCCAGUGCAACACAACACAAGUGCCUGUAACGUGCGACACACCGGAUCGGAGCUUUGCUGGGAUCGGGAGAGGAUUGGGGACCAGGGGAGGAGGACUGGGAGCCAUUUUCAAUGAGUUUCUUUUUUUUCUCUCUCUCUUUUCUUGUCGUUUUCAAGGGAAUGACUGAAGGAUUACGUCACUGUGAAAAAUUAGUAGAAUCCUCUGGCUUAUGGAUGGAAUUGGGCACAGAUUUUUUUUGUCUGUGACUCCUCCUCCUCCCACCUCACCCCCUUUCGUUUUGAAAUGUGUCAGAACAAUGUACAAUCACAUGAUUUGAUGGUUUUUAAUCAUUUAGCCCAUCUAUGGAUGUCUAAUGACCUUGUUUUUUUAUUUUCCUGUUUUCAUGUGUUGGCAAAAGUACAUUGACGUGACUUGGGUCCAUGAUGGGCAGAGUAAAGCUGGGACUAUAAUCCAGACAGUCUUGUCGCCAGAUGAGGAGGGGUUUUUUGGUGGCAACGUUGCUCGUUGCUGUUUUGUUUUAAAACACUGUCAUUGGGUGGCUCAUUCUCUUAAGGUUUUGAAGCCUUUUUUAUUGCGCCCACCAUCUUGGUGUGUAGAUGUGGGCGGAGGAGGUGACGUGUUUUUGUUUGGUGACCAUACAAGAAGCCUGUUUUUAAAUAUGAGAUGCAGAGAGAUGAACAUUUUGCCAAGACAUUUGACCUGUUUUUUUUCUUGUUUAUUUUGUUUUUAAUUCCUCUCUUAUUUCAGAAACUCUCUCAGACUUGUCAUUCAUAGGCGUUUUUUAUUUUAAAGAUGAAAAUAGCUUAAACACCAGCCUCUGGUUUGAUGUCCCUGACAUUGAGUCUGAGUAUGGAUGACUUGGGCUGCUGGCCUUAUUUUAUAGUCCCCCUUCUCUGCCUGCGGGUGAUCACUCUUUGUAUUCAGUGAUGUAGAUAAUGUUAACUCUAAUAAAGUUUAUUAUAAAUUA